AUGUUCGUGUAUUGGAUGAAAAAAACUGCAAGUUUGUUCAAGCGUGAGAGUUAUGUUUCAAGUGGAAGAUUGGGAUGGCAAUAAAGAGAUAUUCCAACAAGUUGCUGAGGGAUUGUUCAGAGAAUUUCCUUCCUACUCAAAGAAACAUCGCUCUUCAAAGAAGGAAAAAUUAAAAAGUGGUAAAACUAGAGAGACCAGCAGCAAACUUGGUAAAAGGAAAAGAAGGAAACUACAAUCACAAGUAGAUCAUGAAGACAAGGGAAAAGAGGAUGACGAGAAUACUCUAUUAUUUGAACACGAAACGAGGGGACACUUAGUAGAAGAGGAUCUGCUUACAGCUACUAAGGUGACCAAACCGAAGAGCAGGAAAAUUGUAAAACUGAAUGCUGCUGACAGUGUCCAAGCAGAACAUCUUACAAAAUUCAAACAAAAGGCUAGCGCUGGCAGCAGCACCAUUCUAAUCAAAAAGAGGAAAAAGGUCGAGCAGGUAUAUAUAGCAAGCAGUGAGACGAGUGGAUUAAAUCUGAAGCAAGAGUCAAAGUUUUCUAAAAAUGUCGGUGAAGCACAGAGCUCAAGACGUGUGGAGGAAUUACCUCCGGCAAUGAAGGGGCAGAGAAAGAGUCGACUUCCUAGUCAAGCAGGAGAGAGAAAGAGAAAAAAGAUAAAGGAACACGACGAUGUCAAUCAACAAGAAAUUGUGAAACAACUGACAGCAAUGUCCAGAAAGCAUGCAAGAGAUGGCGAAACUACUGAAAAAUUAGCAAACGAAAAUCCCGCAAAAAGGGCAUUGAAGUGUACAGAAACAAAGCGAGAUUCAAGCAUGCAGGAAACUAGUACACUUGACAAAUCUGACAACAGCACAUCUCUGUUGGGAGCUAGGAAGAAACUGGAUGGUGCUCAGUUCCGAUGGAUUAAUGAACAACUAUAUACGAUGGAUAGCUCGAGAGCUCAGGAGUUGUUUGUGUCAAAUGUGCAGCUUUAUGAAGCAUAUCAUAAAGGGUAUAAAGUGCAAGUUGAGAGGUGGCCUGUCAAUCCUUUGCAACUCAUUAUUGCAGACAUCAAGAGACAGUCUAAGGAACUCAUUGUUGCUGACUUCGGUUGUGGUAGUGCUGAACUAGCACUGAACAUUCCAAACAAAGCACAUUCCUUUGAUUUGGUAGCAUCAAACGAGUCCAUAGUGGCUUGUGAUAUGGCCCACGUUCCAUUGAAAUCUUGUUCAGUUGACAUUUCUGUGUUUUGCUUAUCACUGAUGGGUACCAAUAUAACUGAUUUCCUAUUGGAAGCUCAUCGAGUCUUGAAAGGAAGUGGUGUCUUGAAGAUUGCAGAGGUGGUUAGCCGUUUCUCAAACCAGGACAGCUUUGUGAGAGGAGUUGAGUCGCUUGGGUUUACGCUUCGACAGAAGGAUGACUCAAACGUUUUCUUUGUUCUGAUGGAUUUUAUCAAGUCAUCAUCUUUAUCACCAGUUCCAACGAAACAGAUGAAAGAUAAUCUAAAACUCAAACCAUGCCUAUACAAACGUCGGUAGCACUAACCAAACU